AUGCAAUUUUCUUUAUCAGUCGCCCUACUUGCGGUGACCUCCUUGGCAUCACCUGCCCUUCGACCCCGACAAACCUCCAAGUCCGCUUGCACUGACCCGGUUACCCGUAUUGAGUGGGAUGGCCUCACGAACGCUCAGCAACAAAACUAUCUCAAGGCCGAACGAUGCCUCUGGGAUAGACCUGCUCAGACCCAUUUGCGCGCGGAUGGCCCUUUCCUACGAUGGCAUCGAUACUUUGUGCAUGUUCACGAGUCCCUGCUGAGGACUGAGUGCAACUACACCGGGCCUACUCCAUGGUGGGAUGAGCGCAAGCAUGCCGGCGCUUUCAGGACCGCGUCUAUCUCCCCUGAUACAUUUGGAUCAGCAGUUGGCACCUACUACAACGUUUCGCUGUUCGACCAAGAUGAGGAUGAUUAUGUUUGCAUCAAAGACGGAGCUUAA